GUGUUCUUGAAAGAAAGAAUGGAAGACAAGUUUGAGAAGAAGAAGAAGAGCGAUGGCAGCAUAAGAGGGACAGUGGUAUUGAUGAAGAAAAAUGUGCUUGACUUCAACGACUUAAGUGCUUCCAUCCUCGAUCGUCUUCACGAGUUUCUCGGCAAACGCGUUUCUCUUCAAUUAAUCAGUGCCCUUCAACUUCACCAAGCUGGGAAUGACAUGAAAGGAAAACUUGGGAAGCCUGCAUAUCUGGAAGACUGGAUUACCACAAUCACACCCUUAACAGCUGGUGAAUCUGCAUUCAAAGUUACAUUUGAUUGGGAUGAGGACAUAGGAAUACCAGGAGCAUUUUUAAUAAGAAACAACCAUCACAGUGAGUUCUACCUAAGAACCUUGACACUAGAAAAUGUUCCAGGCCAAGGUACCAUCCACUUUAUUUGCAACUCUUGGGUAUACCCUGCACAUAAAUAUAAAAAGGAUCGCAUUUUCUUCAGCAACAAGACAUACCUUCCAAGUGAAACACCAUUGCCACUUCUUAAGUAUAGAGAAGAAGAACUAGAGAAUUUAAGAGGAGAUGGAAAAGGGACCCUGCAAGAGUGGGAUAGAGUCUAUGAUUAUGCAUUCUACAAUGAUUUGGGGGAUCCUGAUAAGGGUCCACAAUAUGCUCGUCCAGUUCUAGGAGGGUCCAUUGAAUAUCCCUACCCUAGAAGGGGAAGAACUGGUAGACCACAUACAAAGUCAGAUGUUAGAUCUGAGAGUAGAUUGAAUUUCGCCAUGAGCUUGGACAUCUAUGUUCCAAGGGAUGAAAGAUUUGGUCACUUGAAAUUGUCAGACUUUCUUGCUUAUGCACUGAAAUCCAUAGUUCAAGUUGUCAAACCUGAGCUAGAAUCUCUAUUCAACAGCACCCCUAAUGAGUUUGAUAGCUUUGAAGAUAUAUUUAAACUCUAUGAAGGUGGGAUUAAGGUUCCUGAAGCUUUAGUUAACAAUAUUGUAGAUAAAAUCCCUGCUGAGAUGCUCAAAGAAAUUCUUCGAACUGAUGGUGAAGGGUUCCUCAAAUUUCCUGUGCCUCAAGUGAUUGAAGAGGAUAAGUCUGCAUGGAGAACCGAUGAAGAAUUUGCCAGAGAGAUGCUAGCCGGUGUGAACCCUGUUAUUAUUCGUUGCCUCCAAGAAUUCCCACCAGCAAGUAAGCUGGAUCCUGAAGUCUAUGGUGAUCAAACCAGUACAAUAAGGGAAGAGCACAUUGAGAGCAACAUGGAUGGGCUCACCGUAGAUGAGGCAAUCAGACAAAAGAAGUUAUUCAUCUUAGAUCACCAUGAUUCACUAAUACCAUACUUGAGGAGGAUAAACUCGACUUCUACAAAGACUUAUGCAAGCAGGACAAUUCUUUUCUUGAAAAAUGAUGGGACCUUAAAGCCAUUGGCCAUUGAGUUGAGUUUGCCAAAACCUGAAGGAGAUCAAUAUGGUGUCACCAGUAAAGUUUACACUCCUGCUGAAAAUGGCGUUAAAAGUUCCCUCUGGCAGCUGGCUAAAGCUUAUGUAGCAGUAAAUGACUCUGGUUAUCAUCAGCUUAUUAGCCACUGGUUGCAUACUCAUGCAGUGAUUGAGCCAUUCGUCAUAGCUGCGAACAGACAACUUAGCGUGCUUCAUCCUAUUCACAAACUAUUGCAUCCUCAUUUUCGUGACACCAUGAACAUUAAUGCACUUGCGCGACAAAUCCUCAUCAAUGCAGGUGGCAUUGUAGAGGCAACCGUUUUUCCAUCUAAGUACUCCAUGGAGAUGUCAUCUGUACUUUAUAAAAAUUGGGUUUUCCCUGAACAAGCAUUACCCGCGGAUCUUAUCAAGAGAGGAGUGGCAGUUGAAGAUUCAGGGUCUCCAUAUGGCCUUAGACUUGCGAUUGAGGAUUACCCUUAUGCUGUUGAUGGGCUAGAGAUUUGGUUUGCUAUAAAAACAUGGGUCCAUGAUUAUUGUUCCUUUUACUACAAGGAAGAUGAUACAGUUAAGGAAGACACAGAACUACAAUCUUGGUGGAAGGAAUUAAGGGAAGUAGGUCACGGUGACAAGAAAAAUGAACUUUGGUGGCCAAAAAUGCAAACCCGUGUAGAGCUGAUUGAAACUUGCACUAUCAUUAUAUGGAUUUCUUCUGCUCUACAUGCAUCCACCAACUUUGGACAAUACCCUUAUGCAGGUUUCCUCCCAAAUCGUCCAACUAUAAGCCGUAGAUUCAUGCCUGAUGAAGGAACUGCAGAAUAUGAUGAACUUGUGGCAAAUCCUGAUAAGGCUUUUCUGAAAACAAUCACAGCACAGUUGCAGACUCUUAUUGGCAUUUCACUGAUAGAAAUAUUGUCUAGGCAUUCUUCUGAUGAAGUCUAUCUUGGACAGAGAGACACUCCUAAUUGGACAUCUGAUAUGGAGCCAUUGGAAGCCUUUGACCAGUUUGGAAAGAAACUGGUAGAAAUUGAGGAAAGGAUCAUAACAUUGAACAAUGAUGGCAAACUUAAAAACCGAGUUGGACCAGUUAACAUUCCAUAUACCUUACUUUUUCCUAGCAGCAAAGGUGGACUCACUGGCAUGGGAAUUCCCAACAGUGUCUCGAUUUGAAAGGGCUUGCAUGUUCUCUUUUACAAGCUUUUGAAUUCAGAUUUUAGCUAGUAUAUCUUUAUUCUGCCACUA